AGGUACAUCAUGCUAGUAACGGGUCGGACCCCCUUUUGCCUUCAGAACUACCUCAAUUCUUCAUGGCAUAGAUUCAACAAGGUGCUGGAAACAUUCCCCAGAGAGUUUGGUCCAUAUUGACAUGAUGGCAUCACACAGUUGGUGCAUAUUUGUCGGCUGCACAUCCAUGAUGCGAAUCUCCUGUUCCACCACAUCCCAAAGAUGCUCUAUUGGAUUGAGAUCUGGUGACGGUUGAGGCCAUUUGAGUACAGUGAACUCAUUGUCAUGUUCAAGAAACCAGUCUGAGAUGAUUCCAGCUUUAUGACAUACAUGGUGCAUUAUCCUGCUGAAAGUAGCCAUCAGAAGUUGGGUACAUUGUGGUCAUAAAGGGAUGGACAUGGUCAGCAACAAUACUCAGGUAGGCUGUGGCGUUCCAACGAUGCUCAAUUGGUACCAAGGGGCCCAAAGAGUGCCAAGAAAAUAUUCCCCACACCAUUACACCACCACCACCAGCCUGAACCGUUGAUGCAUGGCAGGAUGGAUCCAUGCUUUCAUGUUGUUGAUGCCAAAUUCUGACCCUACCAUCCGAAUGUCGCAGCAGAAAUCAAGAUUCAUCAGACCAGGCAACGUUUUUCCAAUCUUCUAUUGUCCAAUUUCGAUGAGCUUGUGCAAAUUGUAGCCUCAGUUUCCUGUUCUUAGCUGAAAGGAGUGGCACCCGGCGUGGUCUUCUGCUGCUGUUGCCCAUCUGCCUCAAAGUUCGACGUACUGUGCGUUCAGAGAUGCUCCUCUGCCUACCUUGGUUGUAACGGGUGGUUAUUUGAGUCACUGUUGCCUUUCUAUCAGCUCGAACCAGUCUGGCCAUUCUCCUCUGACCUCUGGCAUCAACAAGGCAUUUCCGCCCACAGAACUGCCGCUCAAUGGAUAUUUUUUCUUUUUCGGACCAUUCUCUGUAAACCCUAAAGAGAUGGUUGUGCGUGAAAGUCCCAAUAGAUCAGCAGUUUCUGAAAUACUCAGACCAGCCCUUCUGGCACCAACAACCAGGGCACAUUCAAAGUCCCCAUACUGAUGCUCGGUUUGAACUGCAGGAGAUUGUCUUAAACCAUGUCUUCAUGCCUAAAUGCACUGAGUUGCCGCCAUGUGAUUGGCUGAUUAGGAAUUAAGUGUUAACGAGCAGUUGGACAGGUGUACCUAAUAAAGUGGCCAGUGAGUGUAGUCCAAUGCGGCUUAUUUGUUGAUUUAUUUGGGUUAAUAGGUAACACCUUAUUUGACAGUGGCGUCGUAAGACUGUUAUAAGAACAUCAUAAUUAUGACAUGACACUGUCAUUGGCAUUACUGAAUGCUUCUGACUGAUGUCAUUAGGUGUUCUCCAGCAAACUUUGUCACUAACUCCAUUUAUGUCCAACGCAGAUCUUUUCAUCCAUUCAAAAGUUAAAAAAUUUUCCGGCUAACACUAAAUGACAUCUGUAAUCGGCAUUUAUUAAUGCUCAUGACAGUGCCAUGUCAUAAUUAUGAUUGUCUAAUGACAGUCUUGUGGUGCAAUUGUCAAAUAAAGUGUUAUUAAAUACCAUAACUACCAAUUAAUGAAAUAACUGGAACAAUAGCAGAAAAAAUAAUUAGCAUAGAACAUGAAUUUUGAUUGUUAUUAACAUCUGGAGUGCUGCAAUGCAUACUCGGAGGCAUGUUAGACAACAACAGUGUUGACAGCAGGUGGCAGCAGAGGUUGGCCUCUUUCCCAAAGGAGCAAUAAUGGCCAAAUGAAGCUUCUUCAAGCAAUGAAGCUUUGUAGCCAAUUGGUACAAAGUCUCAUGGUGGUUCAUUAGGUCUCAUGACAGUCGUAUGAUGCCGCUGUCAAAUAAAGUAUUGCUAGUUAAUAUCUUUUGGUGUUAAUAUCCCAUAAUACAGUAAGGACAGCUGCGGUUUAUAGUCCACUGCGGUUUCUCUAUGAACUAAUGCCAUUUUCAUGACAAAUUUGGUGGGUGAGGCUUAUAGUCAGGUGCGCCUUCUAGUCAGAAAAUGAUGGUAUAUUUUAAAAGAACUAAAAAAAUAAUAAACUGAUUCAGGGUGUACCCCGCCUCCUGCUCAUAGUUAGCUGGGAUUGGCUCCAGCACCCCUGUGACCUUUGUGAGGGUAAGCGGCUCGGAAAAUGAAUGAAUUGAUAAAAAGUAAUUCUUUUUAUUUUUUAUUUCACCAUUAACAUUGCAAUUUUAUGAUGGCAUUUGUUGUUUCGUGUGUAAUACAGCACUUAGUACUUCCCACUGAUUUUUUUGUUUCUGUUUUUUGUGUGUGCUCUACAAUUGACAUAGAAUUGACUAAUGAAAAUGCGAGCAAUCAGAUUUGGUUUUGAUUAUUUUGAUUUUAUUAAAUCACCUGGGUGUUAAUGCAACACUGUGCGCCAUUUUCGAGACUUCUAUCAAAAUAUGAAUAGAAUUAUAAUUUAUCUAUACAUUUAUAAACGUGUCUUGACAAAUAGUAUGAGAAUUUUUUUAUAUGUAAAAUAAAAAUGGAAAUGCCAUUUUUCUGCAAUUUCUGACAUCACAUAAUGCAAUUUCUUAUGUUUUGCCACUUUCUUUCCUGCUAAGAGAUAGUCAUUUAAACAUUAAAGAGCAUAUGACACGAGAAAAAAAGUCUUAAAUAGCAUUAUUGUGUGAAUUAGAAUCAUAUUUUGAGACGAUUCGACUAUAUACAGCAAAUUUGCAAAGCACAGAUAACGAGAAAUUAGACUUUUAAUGUGCUGUUAGGCCCCUCCUCCUGUUAAAGCCCGCUGGCGCCGCCAUCUUGCUGAUGACGUCAGCGGUAGAACGAUUUCAGGCAGCUUUAGCAUUGAGCCCAAUGGAGGAGGAAACAUUUUCCAGCGAUUCUGGUUCAAGUUUGGAAUUUUCAAACAUAAUUGGCGAUCCAGAGGAAGUAUGUGCCAUACAGCCAUAUAGGUUUGAGCCAUAUUUGGAGGAAAAAGAUAUGGAAUCAGAAAGCAGCGACACAGACGAGACUGAGCCAAACUCCCAGGAUGACCACAGCAGACUGGGCAACACUGCAUGGUGUUCAUGUGAAUGCUGUGCAGUGAUGCCCACAGUAGAUGAGUGUGUUUGCUGUGGUGAACAGGAGCGAGUCAGGGAGAAGAUGGAGGGGGCUGGGGUCCAAUGUAUUACCCAGCACCCUGGAUUUCAGCCCGUGUGCCUGAACGUAGACGUCCUUCAGACAGCCUAUUAUGCCUACAGGCAAAAUUAUGAGGACCAGUCAGGAAACAACUGGAAACGUUACACGGCGUAUCGCCAGUUUGUGCGCUGGGUGUACGAGUUCCUGGGGCGGAGGAUCAGGGUUCCUCUACCAGCCUGUGUGGUCGCGCAGAUCAGGACAAGCUUCCCAUCACCGGAGUUUGUUGGAUACCAACCUUGUAAUCCUCCCUAAAACUCCAAGUUGAAUAAAAUAUUGUAAUCGUUUCAUUAUACAGUCAUCCUGAUGUGAUUUUUAAAAGAAUAUCUCUACUUCAAUAUUUUUGCAAGCCUCAGUGGUUAGUCUUAUUACAUAUUUGCUAAGUGCAAUACAAAAAUUAUAUUUCCAUGACAAAGUAUUGUACUGAAUGGAAUAUGGAAAUAUGACAAAUGCAAGGACGUUAUAAGAUACUUAUUUCUGACAUGCUGAUACAAGUAAAAAACAAUUGCUACUGUAUCAAGCUCAAGACAAUGAUUUGGAAAAAUACACAAAAUGGUUUUAUUCACCGGAAUUUAAGUGUGCCAUUAUAUUUUAUAUAUACCAACAUAUUUACACAGGGCUCGAACCAAUAAUACCUUAUAAAUUCAAAAAACUAGCUCACAUUUUCAAAAGAUGACAACGAAAGAACUGGGGAACACAAUUAUACAAAAUUAAAGGUUCAAUCAUGGCACAUUAAAACGUGUGACAUGAUCCCGGACCGCCUGUUCUUUGUCAGGUCGCUGAAAGCUGCUGCUGAGGGAUAACCUCCCGGCCUCGGGCACAGCCGGUAUCGCCUCCAAUUCAUCCGGCUCUACAUCACUCGCGUCCUGCACAAGCCUCUCCACCGCCGACAUCAGCUCGCUAACAUACUCUGAUAACAAGGGAAGCAAAUGGUACUGACAAAUGCACAGAGAUAAUUCCACAUGAAAUCCAUUCCAUUUAUCUUGCAAAUAUCAAGCAAAAAUGGGACAGAUUCUAAAAACACACUUGACACUGUAUCCAGUAAUAAAGUGUCCAAAGGUUUGUACAUUACGAUGACACCCAAUAAUUUACAACAAUGAGUUCAAUUGACAGGAUUAGUAAUGCGUACUUACCAAAUGUAGGGUUCUCCAAAACUUUGCGCACAACAUGGCCGCCUUGUUUUGAUUUUGGAAAGUGGAUGCUAUAAAUCCCCACUCCGUCUCGGGUUAAGCUGUGGGCUCGAUGGGCGUUUUCAUUGAAGUGAAGAGCAGCCACAAUCGUCCUUAAAAAAAAAAAAAAAAAAAACAUGGAUGGAAUAGUAUUUCCAUAUUAAUAUUCAUAUUGAAAAUGUCUUAAUCGAUCAGAUUGUGAUUGGGACAACAAAAAACAAAGACAUGAGAUAAUAUACUGGAUAAAUCAGCAGAAAAUUGUUACAAUAAUACCUGCUGAGCAUCCCCUCGUAAGAAAAGGCGAACAUUUUGGGUGUAAAAUGGUUCACCAGACUGUGGAAGGCUUCCAGGUGGGAAGUCUGGUAGACUGGAGACAGCCGGCGAAUGUCAGCCAACAGUUUGGAGCCACAGAUCAGCUUCUCCAGCUCAUUGGUCAACUUGGUGUCUGCAAAAUACCAGACAGAAUCAAAUUUGUACUUGAACAGAGAAGCAUUUUGCGAAAUAGUAUAAGUGUGCUUAUUGUAAUGGAAUGCAAACUUACGAGGCGUGAGCCAAGGCUUUUUCCGUUCCCGACCUUCCAAAGGACCAUGGCUGCACCUGGGGAAACUGCCUUUGAAGCCCGAGUGAUCAUUCUGAACAUGGCUCAGUACUGACUCCCACUUGUCGAGGAUGAGUCUGGGGUCCCCAGGUCGCGUUGACGCCACGGACCAAUAUAAAUGGUUGAUGAUACUGCCAAUCCAGGGUUUUAGGGCUUCACAUCCACGCAGCUUAGAGAGGUUCUGCAACUUUUUCUUCAAACCUUGGAAAGACAAUUAUGUAGGUGUGUAAAAUAUGCUAUAAAUAAAGCUGUGAUAAUGAAUCUUAUUACCUUUGCCAAUAUGCCAGAUGUCAAAAAGAUGCUCAAUGUGUGGGAACUGUUCUCGGACGAGCUUGUUGACAGUCACAUGUCGAUCUGUCACCAGAGUUCCCACACGCACAAACUCCUCGAGCACACGCAGUGACCGAACCAGUCCUUCGGGCUCCAUGUGGUAGCUACCUCCUACCUCGUUACUCUGAGAUUUGGGAAAAAACAAAGCAACAUACAGUAUGAUAUAUAAAGAAUUAGGCUUAUAUCGAACAUCUUUUGUUCACAAGUUUAAUUUACCUGCACAAUCUGCACAUCCAAGAUGGUUAGCUUCCGCAGUUCCAUCAUCGUGUAAGUCCCGUAUUUUGCACUGUGACCGGGUGAGUCAGCUCGUCCGUCGCCACCACAAACAAUUUCCUCUCCCUCAGCUUGUAGAUGGCUCAACAGCCAGAUUUGCCGCUCUCGCCACACGCUUUUGAUGGCUUGGUGAAGGUAGCGUUCUUGAUGGCGAAAGUACGACCGAGUGGAGUAAACAGCUACACCCAUGUGAGAUAACACACGCAGAACUUUGCCCACAGUUGCACCAGCAAAUAAAAUGGCUGCAGAAAGAAAUAUGUUUCCAGCAGCAAUUCUGCCGACAUAUGGUUGGGAGUUCCAUGUUCCGGUGUGACCACAUCCAGGCUCAGCACACUUCAAGGCCAGCACCAACAUGGUACCGACCUCAGAAGGGACCCAGUUGACCUUCUUGCAGGCACACGCAGGACAACUGACCCACUGGCUAAUGAGCUGAAUGAGGGCGACCCAGUAGAUUAGAUAUACCCGGCUGGGAACUGGCGCAGGGUCGGCCGCAGCCAUAUCAGGACAAUCGGACUCGCUGGACUCGCAGUCAGAAGGUGCGGUGGGUAGGUCAUACUCAGAAUCAGCCUCGCACACCAACAUUUCUUCAUCCGAGUCCCAGCUGUCGAUGGUAACAUUCAGCUCUGAGUGAACAACGCAGGUUUGGGUACCCACAGUCAUCAUGAGGGGCCCGGAUGUUGUCUGGACACCUGAAAGAUACACACAAUAGAUCACAAUCUUCUUCCCCCUAUUGCUAUAACAUGUUGAUGAUUGUGUGAGAAACCCAAUAAAAAUUUUCAUUUUAACCGCAGUAGAGUUUAGAUUUUAUGUAAGCCUGUCAAACAAAUGAAUUAGAAAACAAUCAGACUUGAAAAUUAUAUUAUUAUUUUUUAUUUUAUAUUACAAAAAAUAAAAUAAAAUAAUCAGAGAAAAGGGUGGCUACUUUGAAGAUACUAGAAUAUUAUAUGUUUUAGUUAUAUUUCACAUUUUUUGGCUGAGUACAUAAUUGCACAUAGUUUUAUUACCUUUAGUGAGAAUUUACAAUGUAAAUAGUGACAAAAAUAAAGAAAACGCACUAAUGAGAGACGGUGUGUCCAAACAUUUGGCCUGUGAUGUAUUUUGGAAGGCAGCUAUGACAAUGAAAAACUUACACUGGAUAAGUUCCAACCUAUUAUAGGUUAAUCAUUUAAACAUUAUAAUGAUAGUAAACACUUUGCCCUUAC